AUGGCUAACUGUGCCUCCUCGCUUCCUUCCAGGCGAUCAUUUGAGCUGCAUAACGAAGUCCGAGAACUCCGGCGUCAAUUAGCGGCGAACCAACCCAGCAGUCCUGUCCCGGAAUCGAUCCUGGCAGCGACUGGGGACAGUGCGCCUAAUGAUCCAACCUCACCUCCCCAAUGGGUCCUCGGAGAAGAAGACCGCCAUCCAAGAGCUACAGAUGGGGAUUGCGCUGCUGUGGCUCAAUUGACCAGUGGAGGAUUGGGAAUCUUAUCGAACCGUGUAGAGCACCUAUGGACGCCAGGCUUAACCACCAAGCCUGUGAUCGAUCUGCCACAACCACCUACUGAAGUUGCUGCAGUGGUCCCGGGAGGGAGAGCUUUGGGCAAUGUAGAGCUUUCUGUCACAGACAUUGACGAACUAUUCUCGAUUUACAUGAAUCACUGUCACCCAUUCAUCCCAUUUCUGGACCCGAGAAAAUCACCGCAUGACUAUUACGAAUCCUCAGAGCUGCUCUUCUGGUCUAUCAUCUCGGCAGCAUCACGACGUUCACAAAGUCAGCCUACUCUCCUUGCAAAACUAGCAAGGAACGUCACCGAUCUCUUGUGGCGGAGUCUACGAUCUAUCCCCUAUUCACUUCGUGUGGUACAGAGCCUCAUCGUUCUCUGCGCCUGGCCAUUCCCCACCAGUAGCAGUACAGCCGAUCCCACCUAUUUGCUCACCGGGAUGAUGGUUCUACUAGGCUCACAGAUGGGUCUCCAUCAGCCCUUGAAUGUUCAGGACUUCACCAAAAUCUCCACGAACCUCAAUGCUGAUGAGCACUCUGAGUGGGCGAAGACAUGGAAAACUUGCAAUAUUGUUGCUCACAGUGUAAGCGUGGGUUGCGGGCUACCUGGAGUGGUACAGUUAAACGAAUGGCCGCUGAAUGUCACGCCCGAGUACAUGUCGUCUGCGCUCUACGACGCUUCGCUCCGGUCACACCUUCAGAUCGAACGAUUUCGGCGCAGAGUCUCUUUGGCAUUUGCUUCGAACGAUCUGAAUUCAACAGUAUCCACAUCGGGAAAUGAGCGACUGGCGUUGUAUCGCCUACUUAACUCCGUUUUCAUUGACCUUGAGCAUGAAAUAAUACAACUAUCACCCGCACGUAAUGCUUUCACUCAACACAUCUUUUUCAUCCUUGAUACCUGUGUGCUGAUACGAAAUAUAGCGAUAACUCGUAUUUACUUGUCAGCUGCGCGCCUCCACCUCCACGCGUUCUAUUUAUUUGACGACCCUGCCCUCGAUGGCUACACAGAGCGCAUUAUGACACUAUACCAGACGGCUUGUUCCCUCAUCCAACAGAGCCUAGAUCUGGAAAGCCAAGAAAACAGCUUUUUCAGCUAUUGCCCUUUCUUCUAUUGUCAAGUUUUCGUCUGUGCGGCGUUCAUUCUCCUCAAAAUCAUCAGCAGCCACUUUCAAUCGCUGCUCGACGCCGACGCCGGGAACAUCUUGCUAAAUGCUGCCAUCUCCGCUCUGCGGAAAAUGUCCAUCGCGAACAAUGACUUACCAGCUAGGUUAAGCGACGUGAUCGGCUUUUUCUGCUCCUUGCCCGACCAUCGGGUCAUCGGCGGGCAGACGACCGACGGUCUGCGAUUGCGGGUGCGAAACAGAUUAAGCAUGAGUAUUGUGUAUGAUUCGCUCUGGGAAUGGCGAAGACAUUUCCAGGCCAGUGAAGAAUUUGAUAACGACAGACCGAAUACUGAAGGUAAAAGUCCUACUGUCUCCGGCCCUCAGGUCUUGUCCCUGCUUGCUGACUAG